AACUAAUCCAGGAUCCAACCAACAAUAACAAUCGAAACGAUCUGUCUGAAUUACUUAUUAAGGUUAAAUAUAACUUAUGAUCUUAAUCCCAUAUAACACACUCUAGGUAGUAAGUAAUAGCUAUAAUUUAGUAAAUUUUAUAGCAGAAUAAUUAAUUGAAUAGACUUACUGAAUGUUUCAGAAUAUUACUAGACUUAAAUGGACUAAGUCACUAAAGUCUCAAACUCAAAGUGACUAAAGACUAGAAUUGACACACUGUCACUGUCACUUUAGACUAGUGUAGUGUAGUCUGUGACUGUAGUUGUAUUAACUCACUGUACUGUAGUGUUAAAUUACAUGACAGUUUCGUUUAUAAUCUUAUUCAACUUAGUGACAGUAGUUGGUCAACUUAAGUAUUAAUUAAAAAGAAGUAGUACAGGAGAUUUCUGUAAAUAGGCCCACCCGAGCAUAAGCCCAUAGCCCUGUAUUCUGAAAGUCUUUCCGUAUACAGGCCCAUGGGCUUAUAUUAGGUUAAAACAUUAUUAAACCCACAUACCGAAACUUCUGAUGAAUCGUCACUGUCAUUAUGAUUAAGUAUUAUAAAAAUAAAUUUUAAUGUUUUUUUAUUGUUGCUAAACAUUUAACUUCAAACGAUAAACGUAAAACCACAAUUGUAUUAUUUUCGGAAUAUUUUAUAGGAAAUUAUUUCCGGGAAAAAAUUGUAAGGACAGUGAAAAAUUACAUGGAAUAUGUGCAUGCAGCAACGGUCGGACUUACCGAUGAUGACAUUUUCAACAUGGACGAGACCCCAUGCUAUGUUGACACUAUUGGGAGUUCAACGUUGCAUUUUGUUGGUGACAAAAAUGUUAACGCAUGAACACAGGGCAUGAACACGCAUGAACACAGGGCAUGAAAAGACAAGGUAUACAGUGGUAUAUCUGGUCGGGUUAUCAAGGCCAUGGUAAUACUGAACGGACUUAAAAAUGUACCGAAAUGUGACAUUCCGGAAAAUAUCUUUUGACAGUGUCAAAGGGAGGCUCCAUGACAGAGGAUCUAAUGAGUGAAUGGAUAGAAAAUGUCUACAAAAGAAGAGGGCCUUAUUUCGCAACAAGAAAAUCAUUGUUGAUCAUGGACAGUCACAGGUCCCACACAAGUGAAGCUGUUCUUGCAUCAUGCCGCAUAAAUGCAACUGUCAAACUUAUUCCUGCCAAAACAACAUCAUUCCUACAACCCUUAAAUGUUGGUGUUAAUUUGCUAUUUAAGGCUAUUUUAAAGCAGAAAUGAAAAGAUUGGUUUGAAAAUGGGGUGAAAGAAUAUACACGAGGUGGAUACAGUAAAAAACCAUCUUAUGAACAAUUACUUCAAAUGGUGUCAGAAAGCUUAAAAAUGAUCUCACCUGAAAACAUAUGAAAAUCAUUUAGUGCAUGUGGGGUAAUACGUGAUGAUAACAAGCAUUUCAACCAGCGAUUGUAAGCUGUAAUCAGUUUUGAAGCUGAAGAAGGUAUCAGACGUGCACAUGAACAGAACGAUGAUGAAGAAGAGUCUGAUGACCAUUUUGAAGAUGUUACAGAUAAUGACUCUGAUUAAAAAGAUUUUUUGCACUUUUUCAAUAUUUUCAAACAGCAAAAUUUUAAAGUAAAUUAUCUUAACUGUGUUAACUGUAUUUUUAUUUAUCAGUAUUUACCAGUAUUUCUUUUCUCAGAAGAUUGUUGGAUGAAUGAUUACAUUUAAAUCUAUGGGUAAUCUGAUUUAUAUGAAGAAAAACAAUCUUUAAAAAAUGAUCCUUUCACUUUACUUACGACUGAUCUUUUAUACAAAAUAAAAUAACGUUUAAAUUUUUUAUAACGUAUUUUCAACUUAGAAAAGAUUUUGGCUGACAAACAGAAAUAAAUAUACACAAAAUUACAUGCGAGUGUCUCAGGUAAUAUGUAGUUAAACUGAUUUGUAUUUUCCAUCUAAAAGCCUAUGGUCCUUUAUUUGGUACAAAAAUUUCAAUCAUGUAACAUCAAUUUUCUGUUUUGAAGCCCAGGGCUUAUUUACGGAAAUCUCCGGUAGUAGUUGACCGAUAUUAUAAAUAAUCUAUAAUCAGUAUUUUUUGUUUGUAACACUACUGUCUACUAUGGCUGCCAAACAAUGCCAAAUCAACAUUGAGUAUUUUGUCAUUUUCCAACAUUACUACUUCCUAGGCUAUUCUAAUUCUAUUAGUAGUAAUUACUAGUAGCAGGCUUAUGCUAGGCCACAUAAUUCAAAUUUUGUGUUGCUUAUUUAUGUAACUUGUGAGAGUAAGAGUUAAUAUUUAAUAUAUAUAUAUAUAUAUAUAUAUAUAGAUUUAGAUUAUCAUUUACAUUACACUAUACUCUAUAUAAUACUGUAUAGCAAUUGAAUAAUAAUAUUAAUAUAAUUAAUUAUAGCCUAUUGUAAUGGGCAUUGUAGGCCAGCUUUUACGAAACGUGAAACAGUGUUCAGCACCCAACACUGUCGAGGAAUUUGACCUCAGUGUUAGGGUAUAAAAACAUGCGGCAUGAAAGGCCUCUUCCCCAUCACUUAGAAUACUUUGUGUGCAUUUGGGAUAAGUUCAGUCAUUUAUUUCUAUGGAUCCCUAGUGUAUUAUGUUAUGAAUUAGAAAGGGGAUUUUAUUCACUAUACCUUAUUUUAUUUACAAGUUUACAUUGUUAGAGGGUAUUUUAAUAUUAAGUAAUUAAGGGAGUUUUCACAUUCAUCCAUAGAGUAGAGGGUCCCAACCCCUCCUAUUUAAAAUGGUUACCGGAAAUUUGUUUGAAAGAAAUUUUGUUGACAGAAAAUUGAUCAACAGACGUUUGACCCAAUGGAAGUUUGAAUAAUGAAUUUCAUAAAGAAAUUUGAUACAAAAUUAGAUCCUGUGAACUAGAGAAAAAAAAUCGACCAAACUUCCGCUUCGACCAAGACAUGAUUUUCUCAAGUUUCUAAAUAAACAUAUUUACAACUGUCAGCCUCACAUACCCGCUGAGAUUUUCAAACAGAUAGGUACUCCCAAAAAGUGAUAUGAUCCGCUUGAACAACCUGGAAAUCUCAGUGAAGGUGGAAGAAAAUGAUCUCAUCAAUUAUCAAUCGUGAAUGUUUUUCCAUGCACCUCCCUGAGCUUAGAAUUGUACUGAAGAUCAAUCAGCUCCAUUUUCAGCACAAAAAAGGGGAAGGGGGGACAUCUUCCACAUUAAAGGAGAAAAGGGUCAGCAAAAAGCUUAAAGUGGCUGUGUGUGUUUUGAAGUAAAAAAAUGUGAUCCAAUUCUUCCUGUAGCUUUGCAAUGGCAUCAGCAUACUUACUUACUACCAAGUUCAACUGAAUGGUGUGCCCGAGUCAUUGAGUACUUAGCAUGUUGGGAAAUGGCAGUUUCCUCUAAGAACCAUAACACAAGUUUUAUGCAGAAUGCCCUGACAUUGUCAUAGACAACACUGACAAGCUACCCCUGGUCUUGUAACUUCUUGUUGAGUACAUUCAGCUCCUGUGUAAUGACAACUAGAAAAGCCAAGUCCAUGAACCAUUUAGGAUUACUUAGUACAGGAACAAUCACCCAUCCUUCUCCAUGAAGGCUUUAAAUGCUAAAAUGUGUUUAAACGGUAGGCAUAAGCACGCCAUAUUUAUCAUAUUUAUGGAUUAUUGAUGCGAAGGAAGAAGCUAUUGUAAGGAGAAUGAAUUUUGAUUUUUUUAUCAUAAAGGUCUUUUUGACUAACCCUAUUUUGAAAGUGACCAAGCUGACAGGCUCGGAAUUUCCUUCACUCGUAAACACUAGCUGCAAUUUUAAUGGGGAUUCUUUGAUAUUAUAUCCGAUUGCUACGAUUUACACAAUUAUGGUUGUGCAUUACCAACCAGCUGACUUUUAAAAACUUUUUCUCAAAACCGCUCUUUGGCCAUGUUUGUCUCAUAAAAUUCUAUAAUAUAAAAACUUUUUGGUCCGAUUUUAAAACAGUUCUUACCAUUAUAAUGAAGAUACAAAUAUAUGCAAACAUAUUAAAAAUCAGUAACAGAAUCCUGUAUUCCUGGGUCAUGUCUCCCCAUAAUCUUAGCAUAUCCUGUAUUCCUGGGGCCAUGUCUCCCCAUAAUCUUCUCAUAUCCUGUAUGCCUGAGCCAUGUCUCCCCAUAAUCUCCACAUAUCCUGUAUUCCUAGGCCAUGUCUCCCCAUAAUCUUCUGAUAUCCUGUAUUCCUGGGCCAUGUCUCCCCAUAAUCUGAUAUCCUGUAUUCCUGGGCCAUGUCUCCCCAUAAUCUAGUAUCCUGCAUCCUGGGGCCAUGUCUCCCCAUAAUCUUCUGAUAUCCUGUAUUCCUAGGCCUUGUUUCCCCAUAAUCUGAUAUCCUGUAUUCCUGGGGCAUGUCUCCACAUAAUUGAUAUCCUUUAUUCCUGGGGCAAGUCUCCCCAUAAUCUGAUAUCCUGUAUUAUGGGGCCAUGUCUCUCCAUAAUCUGAUAUCCUGUAUUCCUGGGCCAUUUCUCCCCAUAAUCUUCUCAUAUCCUGUAUUCCUGGGGCCAAGUCUCCUCAUAAUCUUACCUUACAGCUCUAAGCGCUUUACAAUUAUUAAAAAUAUGUAAACUAUUUAAACUGCUAAAGUAAAACAAAAAUGAAAAACCAGAGACACUAGAGUAGUAACUACAAUGUGAAAAAUGACUAUAGAAACAGUAUCUUAAACAUUAAAAUGGGUAUAAAAACGAGUACACUUUGGCACGUUUUGGCCUAUACUACAGGAUCAACCCGAGACAGAAAAUGAGGCAGGGCAAGGAGGGUGCAUCACAGGUCAUAGGCGGACGUAAACAGAUGGGUUUUAAGGGACUUUUUGAAAGUGGGCGAGGUUUCACAAUGACGGAUGUGGAAGGGGAGCUGGUUCCAGAACGUGGGCCCAUGGAAGUAGAUUGAGCAUUUACCGAUGGUCUUAGUUUUGGUUCUUGGGAUUGAGAGGGUUCUAUUGUCAAUUGAAGAGCGUAGUUGUCUUGUGGGGACGUAAGGAAGCAACAGUUCAGAGAGAUAGACAGGAAAGUGAGGGUCAGUGAAUGAGUUGAAGCAUAGAUUGGCAGACUUGUACUUGAUGCGAGAGGAUAUUGGAAGCCAGUGGAGUUGCCGCAUGUGUGGUUGAAUGUGGUCAUGCUUCUUUGAUUUAAAAUGAGUCUGCAUGCUGAGUUCUGUGCCUUCUGAAGUUUGUCUAUGUGGUGUUGAGGGAUGCAUGCGAGAAGAGUGUUACAGUAGUCAAAUUUUGAAAGAAUGAGUGAAGAGACGAGAGUUUUUGUGGCAUCAAAGGAGAGGAGGUGUCUCUAAUGGUGCUGAUUUUUCUAAUUUCGUUGUAUGCUGAUCUGCAUAUGUUCAUGACAUGUUUGUCCAUGGAGAGGGUGUCUGUAAGCGUGACUCCAAGGUUUCUGGCGGAGGAAGAGAGUGUGAUGUCAGAGUUGCCGAUAGAUAUAGAAGAAGGAGCGAUGAUAUCCUGUAUUCCUGGGCCGUGUCUCCCCAUAAUCUUCUCAUAUGGUUACUAAUAAAUGCAUAUAAGAAGAUGGUGCUAAUCACUGCAAUGAUGACUGCACCACUGAAUUGACAGAACAGGAGCUACUGUUUGCAGUUUGAUUUAGCAUGAGCAAGCUAUUCUCAUAGCUUAAGGACGGAAGAGUUGAAAUAUCUGAGCAUGCACAUGUGUUAUUGCAUGCAGAAGUUCUUUGUGGAAUGGACUCAGAACAAAACAGAUGUUCAUUUAAUCAUGUUGCUGUUGUUCGUCCGUCGAAGUCGACUAGGACAAUCGAAUCAUCAGGUUCGGGGGGGGGGGGGGGGGGGGGGGGGGGGGGGGGGGGGGGGGGGGUGGGGGUUGGGAUUAGGGUGAGCUCGUAGGUGGCUUGCUAGACCGACCCUUGCUCGGAAUAAUCUAUGCCAUAAAGGUUUGCUGACAUCUUGCCAAACUCAGACAAGUGUUGGACCUAACUGCCUAAGGACAAAUGAACCAAUUAGGGAUGCACAUUACUGAUGAGAUUCUAUAGAAUAGAUGAAGAAUUCACUCGGAGCAAUUUCCUAAUAUUUAUAUAAUGUUUCCAUUCUGUUUGCUACUCUUCUUAAGUCACAAAAUUUUAAAUCACCAGGAGACAAACAAAAAAACAACAACUAUAUAUAUAUAUUUAAUAGGGUCAGUUUGGCGUCUGGUAUAAAUUACAAUAAAUGUAUGGUUCAUUAUGCCAGUGUUGUCUGCAUAUAUUAUGCAAACAGUCCUUGUCAUUGACAGGUGAGACAGUCUUAUCAAAAAGGCGUCACCCUUAUAGACACUUCUUGCUGUUGAAUUUGACUUCAAAACAUAUCAUCAUCCUCACCACUCGAACAAACACUGCUCUAAUUGAUUAAUGUAAUAAAAAUAAUGUUUAAACUUUUCUUUCAGCUACAGAUGUCUUCAGCAAGCCCACCCCCACCAUAUCCUGGCUAUCCAGAAGCUAGUGGUCAGAAUCCAUAUCCACCUCCGAAUCCGGCUUAUCCUCCUGACCCUUAUGAUCCAGCAAAAGCUCCACAAGGUAAAUUAAUGUGCAUGUAAUGUUAAUAUUAUUUCAUAUUAAACAACAAUUUCAUGCUACUGAGUUAUACCUAUGUAACUUCAUUUCUGUUUUAUCAAGACCAAAGAUUAUGUAUAUUUUGUGGUGCUGACCAAUCUGGAACAUUACAAUGAAUUAGUAUCAGUUGUUUUUUUUUACAUUUAUGAUUUAUAUUUAUAUUUUAAAUUAUGUCCCAAUAGCUGGCUACAAUCAUUAAGAAUAUGCCCCAAUUCUAUAUUUAGACUGUCCCAUUAUCUGACUGAAAUCUAUAUUAGUCUAUGUCCCAAUAUCUGGCUGAAAUCUGUAUUUAGAACAUGUCCUAAUGUCUGACAAAAAUCUAUAUUCAGACAUGUCCCAAUUUAUGCUCAAAUCUAUAUUAAUAGAAUAUGUCAUAUUUCUGUCUGAAAUCAAAGUUUAGCUGUGCCCCAAAAUCUGUCUAAAAUCUCUAUUUAGGCUACAUGGCGACUAUCUGCCAUUCACUUUGUUUUAACUCAUUUAAUGAUAUUUUAAUUAUCAUUUUUUCCCGCUGGAACAGGUUACCCUACCGCACCAGGGUAUCUUCCAGGUAUCUCAACAUUUUUCUUGCACAGUUGUUGUUCUUGACCAGUGUGUUAACUGUUUAAGUCACAUUUUUUGUUAUAAUUUCAAAUAUUAAUAUGAGAUUAAUCAAUAGAAAUGAUAAAUUAGAUGAAUACCAAUAGAUUAACUUUUCUGCCUCAGUUUUAGUGACUUGAUGUUCUACAGUGACCCUAUCACCCUUAUACACCCAAAUAAAUUAACAUUACGGUGACCCUAUCAUCCCUAUACAUCCAAAUAAAUUAACAUUACGGUGACCCUAUCAUCCCUAUACAUCCAAAUAAAUUAACAUUACGGUGACCCUAUCACCCUUAUACACCCAAAUAAAUUAGCAUUACGGUGACCCUAUCAUAUUUAUGCAUCCAAAUAAAUUAACAUUACGGUGACCCUAUCAUCUUUAUACACCCAAAUAAAUUAACAUUACGGUGACCCUAUCAUCCCUAAACAUCCAAAUAAAUUAACAAGCGUGCAAUGUUGGCCUGUUAGUUUUUAAAUGGUUUUUAAUUUAGUUUUUUAAACUUUUAUUCUCCACUGUCUGAGUAAGGAAAUAAACGAAACAAAAGAUGGGAAAACCUGGACACAACAAAGCAGCAAAUAAUCAUCUCUUGCCGUCCUCUCUUGCUGUCCUCUCUUGCCGUCCUCUCUUGUUGACCUCUCUUGCUGUCCUCUCUUGCAGUCCUCUUUUGUUUUCCUCUCUUGCUGUCCCCUCUUGCCGUCCUCUCUUGCUGUCCUCUCUUGCCGUCCACUCUUGCCGUCCUCUCUUGCCGUCCUCUCUUGCUGUCGUCUUAUUGUCCUCUCAGAUACUGCAUUGCUGCUAAGUGCUUAUUUUAAUUUUGAUAUUGGUUUUUACUGUUGUUUGUUUCUAGCAGACACGUUAGCUGUUUUUUGGUGUCCUUUUUUAAGGUUUUUUCCGUACUUUGUUUCACUUAUUUCCUUCUGCCUAAACUGAUUGCAGUCUGCUCACCCCUUUAUUGUCCCCCUUGCUGUCUGAGUCUGAGUACAAUGUCAAGUGUGAUUAUUUUUUAGUCCCCGAUAGGAGUUAAGGAACAUGUUUCUCAUUGAAUGGUACUACAUGUCAGUUUUUUUUAAACCUUAAAAAAAACUUAUUUGUACCUUAAACAAUAACUUUAAAAGUACUUAACAACAAUAGCGAAUAGAUAACUGUUGCCAUCAAAUAAAAAAUGUGUUAAAUUUGAUCAAAGCCAUUAAGUUGGAAAAUUUGUCAUCAGCUUACUAUCCCUAAAUUGGAUAAUUUACGUUUACCUUGCACAUAACGGAGCACUAAGAAAUCAAAAUAGAUUUUAUGAUCAAUUCAUUGUGUACCACAGAUAGUGUACCACAGAUAGUGUACCACAGAUAGUGGACCACAGAUAGUGUACCACAGAUGGUGGACCACAGAUAGUGGACCACAAUUAGCAUGCAGCUUUAAUUCUGUUUGGAUAUAGCUUUGAAGUGAUUUUUACAGGUUAAAUCAUUGGUCUUUUGUGGAUAAUUUUAUCAAAGUAGUUUGUCGCAUAGAUUUGCAAGUCAGACACUUAAUGUUUGCUCCAAAAGUAACAUAAGCGUUGAUGUGUGGUCACUGUGUGAGCACAAGACAUGGCGACGAUGACAUUCACUUUUGUUUCUUCUUAAAUCAAAUUAAUUCGUUGAACUUGUUGAUAAUUUACAUUUUGUUUUGUGUGCACUUUAAAAAAAUAAUAACCUUGACCCUUUAUUUCCUUAUCUUGUUAUCUUUAGCCAUGAACUGAACGAUAACUAUUAACCACCAACGAAUAGGUUAACCAUGAGUUUUUGUUGUUCAUUUAUUUAUAAAGAAGGUUUCUAGACAAAACUUGAGUCAAGUUCUAUAACAAAUAAACCAAUUUCCAUUAUUGUGGUUCCAGGAUGUCCUAUGUCUCCAGCAUACCCACCAGGUAGAUGUUGAGUGGCUCAGUGUCGUACGAUGUUAUGAUGUUAUGGUGUUAGUGAUCAUAAGGAUGUGCCUUUUGGGAUUUGAUAUUGAUGACACUAUUUCAUUUGAUAUAGAAGAACUCUUUAUGUGUAUAUUUUCAGGAUGCAAUAAUAGAUUUGACAAAAUAACUUGAGAAACGCAGAUUGUCUUGUUUUAAAUUUUUUUUUUUUGAACAGAUGUUUUAAAUUUUUGUUAUUGAACGGAAAUAAGGUUAAAAAUAAAAUAAACAUGACAAGGCUGGACCAAAAAUGUACCCUAAUAUUUUCUACAGCAGUUCCUCCUCAGCAUCAACAAGUCUAUGCCUGGGCAGGUAGCAUCCAUGUUUUUAAAAGCCCUUAGAUUAAGAUUUCAUCCUUUCUGUUGUAACGUGUGACAAAGCAUGCAGGCCUAGAUGAUUUGAGCACUUUCACAAUUACACUCGAAGGCCAAUAGAAUUCAUAAACAGUAAAAAUUCUAAAUUUAUCGGCCUAUAGUAUAGAAUUCAUGUACAGUAAAACUUGUAUAUUUUUCUUAAAGAUAUUAUUGAGGCACGGCAGUAACCAAAUAAAAAAAUACCAAAAUAAUUUUUCCCAUAAGUAUUUUCUGAAAUUAGAAUAAUCUUUUCCCAACUCCAAAUCUGAAAACUUAAUGAAUUCAAAUGAACCAGAACUUGAAUGAACACAAAUGAACCAGAACUUGAAUGAACACAAAUGAACCAGAACUUGAAUGAACACAAAUGAACCGGAACUUGAAUGAACACAAACGAACCAGAAGUUGCAUCAACACAAAUGAACAGAACUUGAAUGAAUGUUGAGGGUAAAAACUGAAACAGAAGAAAGGAAUUAUUGAUAUUGUUUAGAUAACUCCUAUUCUACUGAUCAAUUUAUUAUUUGUUCCUUUACCUAGGAAUCACAUGCAGAACUUUCUCAAUAUUCCUAGGAAUCACAUGCAGAACUUUCUCAAUAUUCCUAGGAAUCACAUGCAGAACUUUCUCAAUGUUCCUAGGAAUCACAUUCACAUGCAGAACUUUCUCAAUGUUCCUAGGAAUCACAUUCACAUGCAGAACUUUCUCAAUGUUCCUAGGAAUCACAUUCACAUGCAGAACUUUCUCAAUGUUCCUAGAAUCACAUUCACAUGCAGAACUUUCUCAAUAAGUGUUGUCUCAAUUUCUUGGGAGUUUUAGACAAAUGGAGAUGUUAUAAUGAAUUUCAAAAUUAACAUUUAAUAUAAAAAAAAAUUAUUCAGAAAGUGUUUUUUUACCCCCUCCUCCUCGCCCCAAGUGUUGACACACUGAAUGUGUCUUUUUUUUUAAAAGUAAGAGUUGCCUACCAUCUGAGGAACUCUUUUUUUAUAAUUGUAGACCACUGAUAGGUUUAUUGCAUAUUUAACCUUUCCAUGUGAUGAGUCAAUCUGUAUCCAUUCAAUUCCUUGUUGCCUGACCAAUGCACAAAACACUUAUUGCUUGUGAUAUUUUAGGUAUUAUAUUUUUAUAGAAAUGAUAUCUGUGAUUUACUAUCCCUGACUGUACCACAGCUUUGGUUUACUGUCCCUGACUGUACCACAGAUGGGGUUUACUGUCCCUGACUGCACCACAGCUCUGGUUUACUGUCCCUGACUGUACCACAGCUUUGGUUUAUUGUCCCUGACUGUACCACAGAUGGGGUUUACUGUCCCUGACUGUACCACAGCUUUGGUUUACUAUCCCUGACUGUACCACAGCUGCAGUUUACUGUCCCUGACUGUACCACAGCUGCGGUUUACCCUGGAUUGGAUGGGUUCCAUACAAGACUACAUCAAAUCAGCUGAAAGGCAUCAGAUCAGCUUAAGCUCAACCUUAACUAACUGCAUUUUGUAUUGUAUCUUUGUGUUGGAUGAACUGUUGUAUAUUGAUUUUUUCAUAACUCUCUGAUUAUGUGUCUUAUUAAAUUCACUUUGAUAUUGUAGCUAUAGUUAAUAAAAAACUAUCUAUGGCUAACAAGAAGUAGAGGAAUUAAAAUAAUUCAGUUUAAUUAUAAUGAGUUUUGAUUUCACUAACAAUAAAAUAAUAUAAUUUACUUUGUUUUUUUCCUUUCUGACAUUUUGUUUAUGACUCUGGAGACUGAUUUUUUAAAAAAUCACUUCUAGAUGAAACCUUUUCCAUCAAUCUGUAGAAAUAUAUUAUGUUAUCAAUUUUAAUGGAAGAGUCUAUUUUUAAGAGAUAAAGCACUAUUUAUAAAAAAAAAUUUUAAAAACUUUUUUUUAUUUUGAUUUAAAAUUAUUUUUUUUUAUCUAUUUUGAUUUAAUUAUAUUGUUUUAGCCUUUUAAGAAAUGUCCUUUAAAUAAAAAUGCCCUUUAAUAAAAAUGUCCUUUACAUACAAAUGUUCUUUAAUAAAAAUGUCCUUUAAAUAAAAAUGUCCUUUAAUAAAAAAUGUCCUUUAAAUAAAAAUGUCCUUUAAAUAAAAAUGUAUUUUAAAUAAAAAUGUAUUUUAAAUAAAAAUGCUGUUUAAAUAAUAAUGACUGCUUCAGAAAAUGAGUAAAUAGAAACAUUUGUUACAAUUAAUUUUUAAAUUUAAUACUAAUUUCAGGCUAUAACCAGCCAGGACAACCUGCCGGAGGUUAUGCUCAACCGACUGGAGGCUACGCUCAACCCUAUGGCAUGCAAACCAAUUACACCCACGGAACAACCGUUGUGAUGGCCCAGCCCGCCAUGACUGUGAUCCAGACAUUCCGUGAUGUACCUGUCCACACCAACUGUCCCCACUGUCGAGCUGAAGUAGUCACAGGAACUCAUUAUGAGGCUGGAACUUUUACUUGGCUCUUUUGCUGUGUACUUUGGUUUGUUGGGUAUGUUUACUUGGCUGUUAUUGCUGUGUACUUUGGUUUGUUGGGUAUGUUUACUUGGCUGUUUUUGCUGUGUACUUUGGUUUGUUGGGUAUGUUUACUUGGCUGUUUUUGCUGUGUACUUUGGUUUGUUGGGUAUGUUUGUACUGAGCUGUUUUGCUGUGUACUUUGGUUUGUAGUUAAUGUUUGUACUGAGCUGUUUCGCUGUGUACUUUCUGUUCUGAUGUGUUAUAGUAUAGCACAUGUCUUGACCUAUUUUUUGACUUCAAGUAGAGCUUAAGAGUUUCACCACCUUCCCCUCCCCAUUUUGAAAUUGACUUCUCCGAUUAAAUGUGUAGCGAUGUGCCACUCCUUUCAACUCACUCCUCCCUUGAUUGGAAAAAGGUUGUUUACAUCCGAAUUCAUUCAUUUGUUCUAAAGAAGGUGUUGUGAACUACAUUUGUGCAAUUCAUGAAUAAAGAAGAAGGAAAUCAGACAGUCCGUCAGAUGUUCUAAUAAUUAAGAGACCAUAUGUGGGAGAGAAACUCUUAGAGAAAUAGAGCCAAGGAAGUGCCCAUCAGAAUGCAGGAGGCGCUCGCAUCAUAUGAAGAUCAUUAACAUAGGAAUAUUUAUCAGAUGAUGCAAUUUAUAAAAUUUCUUUUCUACAGCGUUCUGAUUUACUAUAUAUGAAUACAUACAUAUAACCAGGCAGAUUUUAGCUAAUUUUCCUUGACUUCUACCUGGCAUAAUAAUAAUAUACAGUACUUACAAGAUUGUACUCUUCAAAUGUGUGUGUAAAUAUAAUUUGUAUCUUUCGAGGAUUGUACCUUUUCACUUGUGCUUUAAGUUGCUAUUUUUGUUUCUGUAAAUUUCAAUUUAUAUUUUUUGUAUUAUAGAAAUUUAAUAGACUAAUGACAAUGGCUAUUGUUAGUAUCACUGGCUUUGGCAUUGUUUUUCUAGCAUAACGGUCCUUUGUUACAUGUUGUUCAUUUAACAAGCCAAAUCUUAAAACAGAUCAAAUUCUCAAAAUCGUACAACGGUCCGUACAUGUUUGUUUUGUUUCUGCUCUGAUCAAGGUCAAAUAAAAUAUAACAUUCAUUUCAUGAAUAUGUCAGGGUUACGUGGGAUUUUGUGCUAGAGUUUGGUCAUUUUUAUAAAUCUCUGGAUUGGGGGUGAGAUAUUUCAAGAUUGGUCUGACAAGGUUGACAUCUUUGUUUUCAUCUUUCUCCCAUGAAUUCAUUGGCUUUCAAUUCAGUCCAUGUUGGAAGAAGCUGAUUUAUAAGAAUUGUCUACCCUCAAACUGAACUGGCAAAGUUGCAGCAGAAGCUAUUUCAUAGGAAGAGGGUCACUUAGGUGAAAUAAGCAUGCUGGGUAAAUCAGAAAUGGUAAUUCAUCUGUCAACUUGACGGGUCCAUUUCAAUCAUCUGAUUGUUGCUAGUGCUGAUUUUGUAUGUCUGCAAAUGGGGGGGGGGGAGGGAUAAGACAUAUUCUGGCUUGAAAUCUUAUUGUGCAGUGGGUACAAGGGGUAGAUGGGUCAUCUCCAGGUUUGGUAGUGACCCAGGGAUAAAUGGAUCAUCUACAGGCGCGGUAGUGACCCAGUGAUAGAUGGGUCAUCUCCAGGUUUGGUAGUGACUUUUCUGGAUUGUCUUGUGUGAUCAGCUGCAGCUGUCUUUGUAGAGCAAGGGGCGCCAAGAGGCUAGAUCAUUUGCAGGUUGUUCUCACGUGUCCAGUUUAUGUAGAAGCUUUUUUUCUGACCUGCUUAAGUUGACCAUAAAUGAUAUUGUUUAUCUUUGUAAGAGUUAUUAAUUCAGAUGAAUGCAAACAUGCUAACAGAUAUUUGGUUCAUUCAGAUGAAUGCAAAAAUGCUAACAGACAUUUUGUUCAUUCAGAUAAAUGUAAACAUGCUGACAGAUAUUUGAUUCAUUCAGAUGAAUGCAAACAUGCUAACAGAUAUUUGGUUCAUUCAGAUAAAUGUAAACAUGCUAACAGAUAUUUGGUUCAUUCAAAUAAAUGUAAACAUGCUAACAGAUAUUUGAUUCAUUCGGGUUAAUGUAAGCAUGCUAACAGAUAUUUGGGUAUUUAUUACAGAUGUGGACUUGGUUGUUGCUUCAUACCAUUCUGUGUUGACGGUUGCAAGGAUGUCAUCCACACAUGUCCCAACUGUCGUCAACAGAUUGCAAGAUUCAGCCGCCUGUGACCUACUUGUGGGACCAUUGUGACAACACAGCAGAGUUUGGUUUUUUUAUCUCUCAAACAACAUUCAACUAUCUCUCAAUCAUUUAUCAAAUACAUAUCGCUUGUAUCCAUUAACAAUAUACCUUAGAGAAAAGAACCUAUAAACAAAUCCAUUAUUGAUGUAACAGUGCUAAAUAAUUGGAAUGUACAAUAUAUACACAAAGUGAGGAAAGAAUAAUUCGUUUUAGAAAACUAAUAAUACAGAGGUUCCCAAAUGUUCUUGAGUUAUUGUACCCUCGCUGCAUCCAGGUUUUUCCAGUGCACCCUGAACAAUUCCAACCAGUGUACUGCGAGAUGGUGUUUAUGAUUUUUUUAAAACACUUGUGACCCAGUGAGGAAGCUUUGGCUAACCCAGGGCAUCGCAUCACAGUUUGAUAACCUCUGUUACAAUACCCUCUUUAAAACUGUAUUGAACUAAGUUAAAAGAUCAGGUUGUGGAAGGAUUGCUGUCUUUUUAAAAACCAACAUUUAACCUGUUUGUGGAUCAAUUUGUAACAGGUAAAAAUAGGAUUUUUAUGAUUGCAUUGCCUGUUUUUUAUUUUUUAUUUUAUAAGAAUUGUUUCGAAAUGUGAUUCAAGUUACACUAAAUUUUGUGAUUUAUUGAGCCAAGCUUCAUGCAAUGUGUAAGUUGAAACAUUUUAUUUUCUGUUUUACUGUUACACCACCAUUAUAUAGCAACGCUGUUCCAUGUAUCACUUUUACUUUUACCUUUGACCUUCCUAGUUAUGUAGAAUGUCCAUUAAAAUAGUGAAGAAAAAUAUGUCAACACGAAUAUGUCUUAGUUUGUGUCAACCUCAUUUUCAACUAUAAAUGUAUUUUAGUAUGUUUUUUAAAGUUGUCAAAGUUGUAAUUCAUAAAUUUUAGAGCAUUGGAACUGGUCAGAAUAUUUUCACCAUACAAUUUAAUGUGGGUUUUUAAAUUUUUUUAUAUCGUUUUCUUUUUUACAAAAACAAUUAUUGUCUUCAAAUCUAGUGGCUGUAUUUUUGACAGCUUUAUUAGUAAAAUUUACUGUAAAACAUGCAACCACCAAAGGUUUUUUUUAAGACAAAUGGAACAGUUUUUUUAUGGUCCAUUUGAGUGUUCCCUUGUAUAUUUACUAUUUUAUACAUUUAUGUUCAUAUUCUAUGGAUCUUCUCCUUUUAAUUGUUGAUGCACUCUAUGUAUAGAUGUUAAUUAUCUUUAUCUCAUCAUGGGAUCAUUAUACUGACAUAUCAAGAACAAAAUUGUACCGGUAUAUUAUUUUUGUUAUCUUAAUUCUCGCUCAUUGAAAAUGGGAUGUUUAAUUAAUACUGUACUUAUUAUUCAUGUAACAUUGACCCUUAAAAUGUUGUGAUUGUAAAUGGGAGCACACAGAACAACUGUGUAUUUAUAAACCCAUUCACUUUAGGAAAAGAAAACUUACGAAAGGACUUUGUUUUGUUUUUCUUUUAAAUAAUUGCACCAAAAACUCUGAUGUAACAAUAAUAGCACAGCCUUUUAUUUGAUUAAUGUUAAAGUUGAAGAAAUUUGCAAAGUGUAAAAUAUAUUUUUGACUUCAAACCAGUUGUAUACUUUUAGAUCAUUCAACAAAGUAUGGACCAUUCUAUUAUUUUAGACAAAUAAAUCUUCUAUUAUUUUUAGACCAUUCAACAAAGUAUGGACGAUUCUAUUAUUUUAGACAGAUAAAUCUUCUAUUAUUUUUAGACCAUUCAACAAAGUAUGGACCAUUCUAUUAUUUUAGACAAAUAAACCUUCUAUUAUUUUUAGACCAUUCAACAAAGUAUGGACCAUUCGAUUAUUUUAGACAAAUGAAUCUUAUUUUUAGACUAGUGGAGUUUUUGUUGUAACAGGGAUGGGCAAACGUUUUAGCAAAGAGGGCCGCAUGGAAUAAAAAAAAUUUAUCUUGGGCUGCAUGAUAAUUUUCCAGGAAUCCUGAGUUCUAGGCAAAACAUUGAACUGAUUGUUAACAAAUAAAAAAUAAAAUGGCUGUGAGUUCAUGCCAAAAAAAUAAUUUUGAAACAAAAAAUGAUCAUCAAUUAAGUUAUCAUUGUCACUAAAUGAGUAAUUGAUGGUUGAUUUCUACACUUGAGAAAUAAGGUAGAUGUCUUGUGUUUACAUUUUUAUAAUUGUAACAUGUUGUCUGGGGUAAAAUGUAUUUAUUUAUGUGCUGAAAAUGAAGAUCAAUACUUUGUUGAAGGUCUGACACUCUUCUUCUAAUUGUUUAGAUUCUUGUACUUUGGUGCACUCAUUUUAUGUCAGAUUAUUUUCUAAAUAUGAUUUACUCAAAAUCUUUUGUCAUAGUCAAUACAAUAACAAAAUUUAAAAAUAUUUACAGCACACAUGUCCAUAUAUUUUAAUAUACAUUAUUGAAGAUUGGCUUCGACAAAUCACUCCUAGUUCAGAUUGCAAAUAAGCAGUCUAAUAAUUAUUAAAUUCCUGUGAUUAUUAACAUUACAGGUUGACAAUUUUGCACUGCAAUUAUAAAUUCUCAAGGUUUCUAAAUUGUCAAAAAAAACAUUAAUAUAGUUCCCAGAAUGAAUUGUGGGACACAUGUAACAUCUUGGCGGGGCAUGUGUGGCCUGCAGUUCGCCCACCCUCAUGUUAUAAGAUAAAGAGAUUCAAAGAGUAAAAUCAAAUGUCAUUGUGAAUACAGGUGAAUAUUUUCAUUAAUUGCAAUUAGUCAUUGACAUCAAAUGUAAUUUUUCCAUCACAUAAGCAUGUUAUUUUUAUUUGCUUAAUCAAAUAAUUGAUUCACUGUCAGUUAACAACUAACCCGGCUGUCUACAUUUAUUCAAUUUGUUAAAUAAUGAGACGGUCUGAAACCACCUCCAAUGAAAAGAGCAAUGUUGAUUACACAGUCUCUGAAAUGUUGUCUUGGGUAGUUGAUGGGUUAACGAUGGGGAAUGUAUAAAGAGCACAGUGAGACACAAGACACACUGCUGGUCAACUACUGCAUCCUGGUCAACUUAUCUUUAUCUCAUGGUUUCACAGAUCUGGCAGGAAAGUACUGGUGCAGAAGGUGCAGCGGAUGGGUCGGGUAACCCCAGGUACUGAGCUAACUCUGGUUUUUCUGGCUUGUCUCAUGUUCUGCAGCAGGUGUUCUGUUAGCCUCCUGUUGCAUUGAGCCCUUCUGUAAGGGUGAGCGACAUGAGUCUCGAUUUUUCUGAGGACUGUUCCCACAUGCCCUGGUCAGUGUCAAACUUUCAAGUUCCGGGUAUGCUUUAAAGUGUUUCUUUUGUCUUUCCUGCAAACUGCCUUCCCUGCUUGAAUUCACCAUAAAAUAUUUUUGGGGCAAUUAUCUGGCAGUCAAGGGGUUAGAAUUGCAAUUAUAUCGUGUAAUUUUUUUUUAUUUAGGCACAAGUAAGAAUUUUUAUGACAUAGCACUGUUAUCUCAGCAUAAUGUGGACAUAUCAAAUCCUACCAUAGCACUUUCAAGGUAAUAUUAACAGAAUUCUAUCAGGCAAAUUUGAAUGCCAAGGGCUGCCUGGUACAAAUUAUAAUCUAAAGUUUGUUGUUUGCUCCUGUUGUCAUAGCAACAAUUUCUUGUUAAGCUGGGUGUUCAUGAGUUAAUAACCUGAUCUCAGUAGAACUGAAUUCUGUUACAAGGGAAGCUACUCAAACACUAAGAUUAUUUAAAGUUAAAACAAUUUAUUUUCUUUUUUUCAUAAACUGUUAUAUACUUGGAGACGCUGUUUUCAGUUUCCAUGGUAAUUUGAAUUCUAAACUUAAUGACCUGCUAUAUUAUAUACUAGGGUUUCAAUCUAUUAUAUGCUAGGGUUUCAAUCCAUUAUAUGCUAGAGUUUCAAUCCAUUAUAUGCUAGAGUUUCAAUCCAUUAUAUGCUAGGUUUCAAUACAUUAUAUAUUAGGGUUUCAAUUUAUUAUAUGUUAGGGUUUCAAUCUACUCUUUAUGUUGUUAAAAAAACGUGAAAAUGAAUCAUUUUUUUUUGUAGAAUUAUGUGGAUUAACUCAUUGUUGAAUACUUAAUAAACUUUCACUUGAAGGCUGUGAAUAUAUACAC